AUCCCGAAAAGUUUUGAGAUAAAUCUUCCUCCGUGGAGCCGCUUUGAUUUCAGAAUGGAAACGGAUAAGCAGACACCUACACAGCGUGCUUCUAACGAUAAGGAUGAUAAGAAGAAAGGGCGGCAUCGUAAGAAACACACGUUCAACGCGAUACGCUCGCAAAUGGAGUUUUACUUCUCCGACGCAAACCUCAGCAAAGAUCGGUACAUGUCCGUUCUACUCCGGGAAGAUCCAUUUAUACCGUUGCAGGAGUUUCUAAAGUUCAACAAAAUCAAAGCGAUCGCCUCGAGCGUAGAGGAAAUCGCUACCGCGCUCAAGAACUCCGAGCUUCUAACGCUCUCCGAUGAUAACCAGAAGGUACGGCGUACGAAAGAGUUCGUAGAGCGGGAAAAUUCCGAAGAUUGCACCCUGUACGUCGAGAGCCUUCCACCGAAGGCCGAUCUCGAUUGGGUGCGUAAUGUGUUCUCCAGUUACGGCAAGGUGGCUUACGUAUCGUUGCCAAGGUUCAAAUUCUCCAAAAAGAUCAAAGAGUUUGGCUUCGUUGAGUUCGAGGAGGAAGCCAGCGUCAGCAAAGCGCUCAAAGCAUUCCAAACGUUUGGCGGUGUGCUCAGUUAUGAACCAUCGAAAGCGGAAAAACUGGCCAGCAUAAAGUGCUACGAAUUAGAUAAGAUGGAAAUGCUUCAAGGGGCUGCCGGUACGUCCGUCGGUGCUGAAACAGAUACGUCGGAGGGCCAACCGGAUGUGAAAACGGAACCUGAAGAUACGCCAAUCGAUCCAUCGGUGAAGGAAGAAUCUACAGAGCAGGAGGAUAACAGCAGACCAUCGGCCAAAAGGCAUCAACCGGAAUCCGAAGAAUGUGAUCCUGCUUCGGGAGACGAUGACAUUAAAGAAACACCAGCCAAAAGACCAAAACUGGAUUCGGAAAGCGAUGGAAACGAAGCACAAGCGCCUGAGAGUGGUCAAGAGGAAACCACUGCGGUUACCACCGAUGUCGAUGAAACGACGGACGCGGAACAAACGGAUGAUAAGCAGAUGGACCACGAAACCACCGAUGACAAAGGGAAAAAGAAGUGUCGCCAACGAAAGGGAUGCAGCACCAUUAAGAAAGAGCUUCAGGUGGACGACAAGGUGUACGAACUGAAAAUAAUGACCAAGAAAGAGUGGCGCAGAUUACGAAACAAAUAUCUCGACCUCCAGCGCAAAGAAGCGAGCAAACUGAAGCGGCUCUUUGCUCAACCCGAAAAGCACCACCAGCGUGGGCAAGCGAAAUCAUCCUCAUCCGGUGCUGCUUCCGCUGGUGGUAAAGCGACCGUUGCUGGUGGAUUGAAAUCUAUAAAAUCCUCUCCGAGAGUUAACUUUUACGGUGCGAUGCCAGUGGAAGAGGAAGAACAGGCUGGUGCAGAAGCAGGAACCGAUGAACCGGAGAUCGGUGAGGCAAGCGUAGCUAUUGCAAAGCAUCCCCUCUUCUCCUUCGAACCGGGACUGAUCGUGAACGUCAAGUUCCGAGAGCCGUGUGUCGACGUGAAGGAUUUCCGUGCCGAGCUGCGACAGUAUCCGUACGUGAAGUACAUCGAUGUAAAGGAAGGUGAUUUUGAGGCGUUUGUCCGCGUGGAUAAACCAGCAUCGGCGAACACGCUGGUCAAGGAGUACAGUUCUGCUGAACACAGUGCGCAAAUACUGAGUGGAGAGUUGGAGCAGCAGUACUGGGAGAAGAUGAUGCGUGACCGCGAGGACAAGCUGAACAAACGGGUCAAAACGGAAAAGGUGCGAGGCCGUACGAAGUUGAUUCGUAAGAUAAACACUCACAUCAAAUUCGACGAUGAUGAUGAGUAGGAAUUGUUACGAUACCAAAAUGUAAUA